GUUGGAUUUCAGUUUCAAAUUCAAUCAAAUUAAUGUGUGAACAAUUAAUGUACAUUAAUUACAAGAAUGUUAUGUCAAGGAUGUAAAGAGGAACUAGCGAGUGGAGCCAAAUUCUGCCCUUCUUGUGGCAUAAAGACUGCAAGUGGCCAUGGUCAAGUUCAAGGCAGAAUACAACGGCUACAUGAUGAAGCAGUGGUACCUCCAUCAAAUGGUGGAUAUAACCAAGCAACUCCACAACAGACACAAGGUUCUCGGCUUUAUCUAAAUCUUAAUCUACAAGGACAAGGCCAAUACGACCCAACAGCACCCCAACAAUCAUCUAGUUACUCUGUGCAACUGCAGUAUGUUUCAGAAGGAAAUGGUCAAAACCAAACGCCAUUUCCACUGGAGUCUUUGUUUCAAUUUUUGACUUUUAACACAACAGGGGAGCGAAAACCAGAUGUACCACCAAGACCAAUUAAGAACAAAGAUGGGGAGCCAAAACCAGAUGUACCAUCAAGACCAAUGAAGAACAAAAAUGGGGAGCCAAAACCAGAUGUACGAUCAAGACCAAUGAAGAACAAAGAUGAUCAGCCGAAAUCUGAUGAACCCUUAAGACAAAUGGAGAGCAAAAAUGAUCUAAGAAUACUUCUUGUUGGACAUACUGGCCAUGGCAAAAGUGCAACUGGGAACUCGCUUCUGGGAAUCACAAACAUAGGAGGAUUUGAUGAGAAAAUGAGCCCUGUUUCAGUGACAGCAACUCCCAAGAGGCUGGUAGGACAAAGAUUUGGAAGAACAUUAGAAGUGGUUGACACUCCAGGAUUUUUUGAUACAUCAUUAGAAGAUCAAUUUGUUUACGAACAAAUAGCUCGGUGUGUAGGGAUGACGUUGCCAGGCUUCAACGCUAUCUUCUUGAUAUUGCGUGCAGGUCGCUUUACUGAAGAAUUGGUUCAAACUGUAGAAAUUUUCUUUAAAUUGUUUGGCAGAAGCGUUGAUAAAUAUACAUUUGUUCUUUUUACAUACAUUGACACAGAAGAAGACAUGGAACACUACAUUAAAGGUUUUGACAAAAAGCCUGAAGAUUCCACAGUGAAAGCAUUUCAAGUGCUUAAAAAACGAUGUCAAGGCAAACUGUUGUUCAUUGAUAACCAAUCUAACAAAGAAAUUAAAGAAGAAAUGGUAUGGAAUAUUUUAACAGCAGUGGAUACAGCAAAUGCACAAUCAUUACGACCAUAUUUUUCAAACAAACUUACAAGACAGAUGGAAAAAAGGGCGCAAGACUUUCAUUGGAUGCACGUCUCUGGUUUGGGAUUAGAGCGGUCCAAAGAAGAUCUAAGAAUUCUGCUCAUGGGACUUCCUGGACACGGAAAAAGUGCAACUGGGAACUCACUUCUGGGGAAAAGCUUGUUUACUGAAAAUGCUUCCACGGUGGGGAAUGCAUACCACCAAACACAUAGUGAGGUAAUCAAUGGUCGUAAAAUACAGAUAGCGGAAUUUCCUGUGGAGAAUCCCUCCGUCCAAAGUGAGGCAGAUUUAACGAAACAACUCUUACAAACAGAGAAAAUACUGCAGCCAGGGUUUCAUGCAGUUUGCUUUGUUAUUAAUCCAAAUAAGAUAUCAGAUGUAAAAUACCAAUUUUUGCAACCCAUGAAGUACUUUGGAGAUGAUGCUAAUGAUUACGCUUUUGUAAUUAUGACUUUUUCUAAAAGUGAAGAGGAAUUUGAAGAGCGUUUUCGUUCCAAUAUACAGGCCAAACAUCCAGUUACAUCUGUGCUUAAGUAUUGCAAAGAUAAGAGGCUGUACAUAGACAAUAAGGCCGAACUGCAAGAAAAAAAUGAAAUACUAGAAGACAUUGUAAAUUUCAUUGACUGUGAAAAUGCGAAAAAGGUUACUCCUUACUUCAGUUCAAGGUUUAAACAAACAACUGAAGCUUCUGAAACUGCUAAAACUGAAGAAGCAGCAAAAGCUGCUGAAGCUGCCAAAAAGGCUGAAAUUGAGCACAAUGAAGAGCUCCUCAGAGUUAGGCGUGAAACGUUUGAAACAUACAAAAGAGACUUGGAAAAGAACAUAAAUGAGCAAAAUAUUAAAACUGCUGAAGCUAAACAGCAGAUUCAAAAGUUGGAAUAUGAAGUUCGUCUAACAGAGAUCGAAAAGAAAAACUUAGAGGAAAAAGCUGCUAAAGCGGAACAUCAAGAACAAUAUCAAAAGGAGCUUGAAAAAAAAGAAAGAGAGAAACUUCAAAGGGAGCAUAAAGAACAAGAAGAGAAACAUCAAAGGGAGCGCAAAGAACAGGCGGAAAAAUAUAAAAGACAACUUAAAGAACAAGAAGACAAAUUUAAAAGAGAGCUUAAAGAACAAGAAGAGACACGUCAACAGGAGCGUGAAAAACAAGAAGAGAAACAUCGAAACAAGCGCAAAGAACAAGAAGAGAAACUUCAAAGGCAGCGCGAAGAACAAGAAGACAAAUAUAAAACAGAGCUUAAAGAAAAAGAAGAAAAAUUUAAAAGUGAGCUUAAGUUGCAUGAAAUGAUAUCUAAUCGGGAGCGUAAACAACAAGAAGAUUCACAUCAACGGGAGCGACAACUGUACGAAGAAUUUAAACAAAAACUUGAACAAGACUUGAAAGACAGUAAAGACUCUAAAUGUUUAAUUCAGUAAAAUGUCAUAUCAUAUGAACUAUGACUACAUAUCAACAAUAUAUGUAUACCGUAAUAACUCUACGUUUUUGGACACAUACACAUAAUAAUUGUUUUUCUCAAUUAAUGAAAAUUAACAAAUCAAUUGAAUUCCUACUUCAUAUCAUAACAAUUAAGAAGUCCAUGAUAUCAAAAGAAGAAAAACUUAUCUAUAUUAUUUUGCAUUAUAAUUUGGUUAAAUAGCCUAUAAACAAUAUCAGACAGAUUUAUCACUCUGUCAGCAGACGAUUUAUUCCAUAAAUCAAUCUCUGGAUUAAUGGUCGGCAUCUUUUGAACUCAUUCGCUGUUUGUACAUGUCAGGGUAAGUGAUUUAAUCAGGAGGACGCUUGGAAAAAAACACAGUGGAAGACGAUUUGAAAUAUGAAAAGUUGAGAAAUUUAGUACAUAUGGAUCGGUUCUAGAGUUGAAUAGUGUUAUUUUGAACUGUGUUCGAAGCUGGUAGUGAAAUGUUGGUGGAAAUUGAAUUGAGAAAUAUCUUAUAAUUCUUCAUCGUUUAGAAUUAUCAUCAGAAUCAUUUCUGUGGAAUAUUGUAAUAUUCUAAAUACUAGUAAUUCAUAGUUAUGUUGCGUUUGAUAUAGUUCACUUACCAUCAAGAUUUCUGUUCACAGGUAAAUGGGUUAAUUAAAUAAUUGAACUUGU